UCUGAUCGCCAAACCGCCCCCCCCCCCCUUUAUCUCUUUCAGACACAAACACCAACACCUUAUCUUCAACCAUGAAUCUUCUACUUGUGACGAUCUUCCUGCUUCUCUUACCAGUCACUGCUCUCCUCUUAAAGUUCAUACACGCAAUCAUAUGGGUCCCCCUGAGGAUCCAGCGGCACUUCAGGAAGCAAGGCGUGGACGGACCCGGCUACCGUCCGAUCCUCGGGAACUCGGCGGAGAUCAGACGGCGGAUGAUCGCCGUGGCCGAAUCAACUCCCAUGUCUCUUACCCACGACAUAGUCGCACGGGUGAUUCCGCACUACGACAACUGGUCAAAGGCCUACGGGAAGACGUUUCUGUACUGGUUCGGGCCCAAGCCUCGGCUAGCCGUGGCCGAGCCAGAGAUGAUCAAGGAGGUGUUGCUGAACACGAGUGGCUGCUUCGGGAGGAUUGAAUCCAACCCUUUGACCGUGCUGCUCUUAGGACGAGGACUUGUUUCGUUGACCGGUGAGAAGUGGGCUGUCCACCGACGGAUCAUACACCAGGCCUUCAACAUGGAGCGAGUCAAGGGAUGGGUGCCAGAAAUAGUGGCUAGUACCAUAAAGAUGCUGCAAAAAUGGGAGGAAGAAAGAGGAGGGAGGGAUGAAUUCGAGUUGGAAGUGCACAAAGAAUUUCACAACCUGUCUGCAGACAUCAUAUCUCGGACAGCUUUUGGUAGCAGUUUCGAAGAGGGGAAGUGCAUUUUUGAAUUACAAGAACGCCAAGCAAGUCUGGCCUUAGAAGCUAUCAGGGCUGUCUACAUUCCCGGAUUCAGGUUUUUGCCAACUAAAAAGAACAGAAUCAGGUGGGAGUUGGAGAAGGAAACUCGAGAAUCAAUAAGGAAGCUAAUUGGGAUAAAUGGCAAAACAAGAGAAAAUUCAAAAAAUCUACUUGCUUUGUUGUUGACUCCUCAUAAGAAUCAGGAUGGAGAGGAAGAGAUAUUGGGAUUGGAUGAAAUCAUAGAUGAAUGCAUGACAUUCUACUUUGCUGGAAAGGAAACUACUGCUAAUCUUUUGACUUGGGCACUUAUCCUUCUAGCAUUCCAUCAAGAAUGGCAAAGCAAGGCCCGUGAAGAAGUGUUCAGCAUUUGUUGGGAUAAUAAGCUCCCAACUGCAGAGAAUUUGACUGACUUCAAGAUUGUGAACUUAAUUCUGAACGAAACAAUGAGACUUUACCCUCCAGCAGUGAUGUUGAUGAGGCAAGCAACGAAAAACGUGAACCUAGGGGGAAUCGACCUUCCUGCUGGAGUCCAGCUCUACCUUGCCAUGGCUGCAGUUCACCACGAUACUGGGAUAUGGGGAGCUGAUGCUGAUGAGUUCAACCCUCUCAGAUUCAUCGAAACUGGAAGGAGGCAUCUGGCCUCGUUCUUCCCCUUCGGUUUAGGUUCCAGAAUUUGUGUUGGCCAAAACUUAGCCAUGGUGGAAGCAAAAAUUGUUCUAGCUAUGAUAAUCCAGCAGUAUUCCUUCUCUGUUUCACCCUUGUAUGUUCAUGCCCCAUCUCAUUAUUUGACCUUGCAGCCCCAACAUGGUGCACACAUCCUCUUCACUAGAGUUGUAAGUUAACUCUGUUUGGAGGUUCCCAUCCUCCAAACUGGCAAAGUUUGUUACAGUCGUGAUCUAGUAGGGUUUAUUAGGUUACGGCCGGCUUUCUUGGAUGAUCAAUAUCUGACUUCCGUUGGAAUAGAAGGCCGCUUGCUGUCCUGGUCACUUAGCUUUCCCUUUGUUUAAACAGCAAGAGGAGGAGGAGAAGAAAGAGUAGGUUUAGGUUGCGAUAAACUUUUGUUGUAUAGUUUUUGGUUUCUUUGUGUUAGCGUAUAUGCUGAAACAAUAGUACUGCUCCAUCUUGUAUAAACAAUCUACUGUAUUUGAUGUUA